CAAUCAUUAAAUUCUUUCCUUUUUAAACCCUUACCAAUUAACUCCACUUCCUUUUCUACCCCCUUUCCAUUUUAUUUCUGGGUUUUAAAAUCUUUUUCCCUCUCUCCCGAUCUGGUUCUUGUUAUGGCAAGAUCCAAUCGGAUGAGCUGAUUUUCCUGUACAUGAAAUAAAUGGACAUAAGGAAGUUCAAGUCAAGACUCCAGUAGUUUCAUCCAGUUACAGUGAGACCAGUACACACGCCUUUCCUAAAAUUGGAUUUUAUCCCCUUUUCUGGGAAGUAGAGUAAAUAAAGCAGACUUUUCUAUUACUUUACACUCAUUCUGUACCCUGUGUGUUGAUUCAGAAUCAAUGAUUCUUGGUCGAUCGAGUUUGUGAAGAGUCCAACGCUUGAAACUGUAGAUCUCCAAUCAGGAUUAAGAUGAAGUGGAUGGGGGGCAGUGUGAGCCAAAGCAUGGAAGGUUUUAGGGCGAAAUUCAGAGUGGCUACGAUGGUUCUACUUGCAUUAUGGAUAGGUCUAGCUGGUCUUUAUGGCAUGAUAAAGCCCAUAUCUAAUGGUUGUACCAUGACAUACAUGUAUCCUACUUACAUACCUAUACCUACACCGGCAAAUGUGUCGUCCACAAAGUACGGAUUACAUCUGUACCAUGAAGGAUGGAAAAGGAUUGAUUUCAACGAUCAUCUUAAGAAGCUUACUGGGGUUCCUGUUCUUUUUAUCCCUGGCAAUGGUGGUAGCUACAAACAGGUGAGAUCUGUGGCUGCAGAAUCUGAUAGGGCUUAUCAAGGAGGUCCUCUUGAACGUAGUUUUUACCAAGAAGUCUCUCAAAGUCUCGGAGAGGGAGUAGAUUUUGAUGUCACCAACACUCCUUUGCCCUAUCAAUAUACAUCCAUGCUUGACUGGUUUGCCGUGGAUCUUGAAGGUGAACAUUCUGCAAUGGAUGGCCGAAUUCUUGAAGAACACACAGAUUAUGUUGUAUAUGCCAUUCACAGGGUAUAGCUUUUCUUGCUCAAGUAGAAUGUCUCUUUAUUGGCAUUAAUCUGAGGGAAUGCGUUGACAAUCUUUAUUGCGUGAUUCCAUAGUUUAUCCAAUGUAACACAGAGAUGAAUACAGGAUGCUUUCCCGGAAAA